CGGAAGACCGUUCUAAUUUUAAUACUAGACGUUAUUCUUUGAUACAAAAGUUGUAUUGGGAUUUGAAUCUUGCGGUCUGAACUUCUCGUGAAUUCCAACAAAAAGCACCGACGGAUUUGACCGAGAACAUACGAAAAUGUGCGAGAAACGAUGUUAAUUUGACGUGAUUACGCCGGGCAGUUAAUGAAUGACGUUAUGCAAAUGUGGGGGAAGUAGCGAUCGUUCGCGAGACAGCAAACUGCUAAAAUAUUUAAGAGGACAUCUAUUGAUGAAAUUGGGUUUGAACGAAUUCAAAGCGUCCGGGGAGAUAUAGUCUUGAAGAUUAAAUCGUAUCUGGAUUUCGCUUGCAUCAGCUUGUGCGUAAAGACGUCGUUAAACGAGUAUCAGUGUGCCCGUGAUGUCGUUAGCGACAGAAAUAACAAGAAGAGCUUCUCGAGCAUUUACAAAGGCUGAUUUAGGCUUUGUUUCAACCUACGACACACCAAAAACAAGGCCAGUCAUAUUUAUCGGUCCAUCUCUUAAAGGAUAUGAGGUUACAGAUAUGAUGCAUAAAGCCUUGUACCAUUAUCUAAAAGGGCGUUUUGAAGGACGAUUGAUCAUUCAUCGUUGUGAAUCUGACAUCAGUUUGGCGAAACGGAAACCUCUCAUUGGACUUGGAGCUAUUACGCCAGAGAGAUUUGGAAAUUCAUUGUCCGUGACGCCAUUUAGAACACCGAGUCCUCCAAAAACACAAAGUAAUCUCAAAAACGAUGAAGUGAAGGAAGAGCUAGAUGUGAUAUUCAGUUUGCUGAAUGAAAAGAAACACUUGGUUGUGUUGGACUGCAAGUCAAUUAAUUAUCCCUCACAAAUCAGCGAGAGUGCGCUCACGCCUAUCGUGGUCUACAUCAAAAUAAUACCAAAGGUGGUGGAAAAACUGAUGAAACUUCGGGGACAGAAAGCAUCGAAGAACUCGAGUACCCAGAUAUUUGCAGCUAGUAAACUGGUCCAAGCCGAUGCGGACAUGAUGGAUGUGAUACUCGACGAGCCACGUCUGGAAGAGGCAUGUGAACAUCUUGGUGAUUUCCUGGAACAAUAUUGGAGUGAUAUCACUAGAUAUGAUUGAUGCUGCUUAAUUGUAGAAAUCUAUAUAUGGCCGAUUCUUAGAAAUCGGAACCGUUUUCAUGCUCGAUAUCGUGGGUUUAUAAACCGAAUGGAGUGCGAAUUUGCUGCAAAAUUACCCUCCCACAAAAUUACCAGCUUAGUAUAGUGAAUGGAUUUCUCACGGAAAAUCCAACCCGUCUGUUACAUAUAGUCGAUAGAAAUAAUAUGCAUGAACGUGUCAUUUUCCUUUCUAACUGACGAUUGCCUCUAUUGAAUCGAUGAACUGCCUUAAAUUGGAAACUCUAAAAUUUCCCCCCAACAAUUUAUUUAUAACAGUAUCAAGAUUUAUCAAAUAUUUAUGAAAAUAUUUAAUCUAUUUAGAGAUAUAAUUAACUCAGAAAUUAUAGCUAUUUUACUCGCCGUUACGGUGGUCUAAGGCGAGCCUUGAUAUGAGAAUGAAAAUCAACCUCUAAAAUGGCAACGAUCGAUAUUUAUCAGAAAGGAGAUUUACAUCCUUGCAUACAGUGUAGUAUUCUAUAUUCUUUCUCAGUAUAUUUAUGCUGAUUUGACGUGUGAAAAACAUAGUAGUACGUACUGCACUUGAUUACAUUGCUUUGUCAAAAGUAGCAUAUAGUCUCAAUUACCAGCCAGUUUAGUAUCCCGUGUGUGGCCUAGGGCGAGGACAAUAUUUAUGGAGCAAAUCAUUAUUGUUGUGUAUACUCUUGUACAGUAUAAAUUAUGUAUACUUUGAAUAUAAAUUUGUAA